AUGGGUGACCGAGAACUAACGGAAGAUGAAGUGGCGGAUCUCAAGGAGGCGUUCGCUAUGUUUGACAUAAACGGAGAUGGAACCAUUGAACUGCACGAACUCCAGCAGGUGAUGAGGAAGCUGGGCCAGAACCCUUCCGAGGCGGAAUUGAUUGAGAUGAUCAGCACGGUCGAUGACAACGGCGACAAUGAGAUUGACUUUAACGAGUUUCUCAUCUUGAUGAAGUCUCGUAUUGGGGAAAAAGACCCUGAGAAAGAAUUAAGGGAUGCUUUUCGAGUUUUUGAUACAGACAAUAGCGGCUCAAUCGACAAGAAGGAACUAAAACGGCUGAUGAAGAAGCUUGGACAGGCACUUUCCGAAGCCGAAUUGGAUGCCAUGAUGGACGAAGUCGACACCAACGGUGACGGAGAGAUCAGUUUCGAAGAGUUCAAAGAGCUCAUGAAUUCUUAA